AUAUAUUGUGAGCUUGGAGACCGAAAGGAAAUAUAUUUUGGAUUUGGACUUGUCAAAGCCUGAUGCUCAAAGUGGUUUUUCAUUUUUCAUUUUUUUUAAAAAUAUAUUUCUAACAAUUGGUGUGCGCCUAAAUUUGGGAAAUUAGGGCAAGCGGUAGGGAUCGUGGGUAAUCAAUCGCCAUGGCCGAUGAUGAACAAUUACGCAGAAAUCACAUAAUUGGUGAUGGAGGGGAAGAUGAGGGAAAAUCUACGCAGUCGCCACCGGAGAAGAAGCAGGAGCUUGAUGAAGAGAGCGGUGGCGCUGAGGAGGAGAUGGAAGAUAGCGACGGUGCUAAAGAUGGGGAGGACGACAUGAGCGAUGGCACUGGCGAGGAUGACGUGCUUACAUCGGAAUAUGAUUCAGACGAUUCUGGUUAUUUUAUUAUUGAUAAUCAGCGACUUCCGAAUAGGUUGCAGAGUGAUUAUUUGCCUGAUGGGGCUGAAGGCUCUGAAGAGGUCGAUGUAGAUAAAUGGUCCAAGUACUAUCAAGAGAUAAGGGAGAGCGAGGGUUUUGAUAUCAACCACUAUCCGGGUUGUUGUAUUAUGGCUCCAUAUCAUCCUUUUAAUGCUGCUCGCCAAAACCUGUUCGAUUACUCUGUGGCUGCCGUUAAUGAUUUCAACCAAAAGGAGGGCACAAAGUACAAGUUGGAAAAGGUUGAGAAGGCAAACGCAAGACUUUGGGGUUGUGGAGCCAACCAUUACAUAACUUUCCAAGCCAGAGAAUCUGUUGCUGAUGCUUUGAAAACCUUCCAAGCUUUGGUAUGGUGGGGCAUAGAUGGGUCUGGUUCAGAACCCUUCGCAGCAGUUGUGAAAUUCUGCAGGCUCAAAGCAACUGCUGCGACCUGACCUGUAUAUGCUCUCCUGAGUAUGUCAAGCUGCUCGGAUUUUCUGGUUUUGGUUUUGAAUUUUAACAGGUUAUGAAUUUGAAAUGAGAAUUAGGAAAUUGGGUUGAAGAUGGCAUGCUCUGUACUCUAGACCCUUUUUCCUCCCAAUCAAAAGCUUUCUACCCUCUGUUUUUACUUAUUUUUCUGAAAGCUAACAGUACCCCCAAAAUGGAGGCGAUUUUUUUUUUGUAAUUUAUUGAGGAUUUUCUCUGUUUAGUUUA